GAUCAGGAUCAGACUAUAACUCCUGCUUGGAAUCCCCCACUCCUCUCCCAAUCGUCAGGAAAAAUGUUUGAGAGUGAGAUAUUGGAGAAUGGUUUUAUGGAAGGAGAUAAGGAACAUUCUAAUUCUUCAUUUGCUGAGAUAAAAAUGUUCAUUUUAUUCCUUGGCAUGAGUUGAUGAGCCCUAUUAGAAGAGAAGUGUCUGGCCAUAAAGUUAAUUGUUCGCAGUUUAAUUGUGUUGAUCCAGGGAAACCUGCAUCACUAACAUGGCAGCGGAGGUUAGACAACAAGGGAAAUAGCCUGUCUUCAUUCAGUCUAAGUUUGAAAGAGAUGAUUCAUAUGGCUCCAAUAGGUGUCCGCUUAUGGCGUUAUAUUCGAGAAGAAACUGCUAAAGGAAAGGGGAUUAUUAUUAACCCAUUUGUUAGGCGCCCUGUAACCUCUUGUCAUGGCGUUCCCCUUGGUGGUAUUGGAGCAGGAAGCAUUGGAAGAAGUUUUAGAGGUGAAUUUCAGCGCUGGCAACUAUUCCCCAGAAUAUGUGAAGAGAAACCAGUUUUAGCUAAUCAAUUUUCUGUUUUUGUCUCUCGUUCAAAUGGUGAAAAAUAUUCUACUGUAUUAAGCCCGAGGAGCCCAGAGUUGCUUAAAGAAAAUGAAGUUUCAGGGAUCGAAUCUUGGGACUGGAAUCUGAAUGGACAUAAUUCCACAUAUCAUGCUUUGUUCCCAAGGGCUUGGACUGUUUAUGAGGGUGAGCCUGACCCAGAUCUAAAAAUAGUUUGUCGUCAAAUUUCACCAUUUAUUCCUCAUAACUACAAGGAGAGCAGUUUCCCUGUAUCAGUUUUUACAUUCUCGCUGCAUAAUACUGGAAAGACUACUGCAGAUGUCACAUUGCUUUUUACAUGGGCAAAUUCUGUUGGAGGGCUUUCUGAAUUUUCUGGUCAGCACACCAAUUCAAAAAUGACGAUGAGGGAUGGAGUGCGCGGUGUACUUCUACAUCACAAGACUGCAAAUGGACUGCCUCCUGUGACUUUUGCAGUGGCAACGAGAGAGAUUGAUGGUAUUCAGGUGUCAGAGUGCCCUUGCUUUGUGAUUUCUGGUAAUUCCACUGGUGUGACAGCAAAAGAAAUGUGGCAUCAGAUAAAAGAGCAUGGAUCCUUUGAUGGCCUCAAUUCUGCUGAAACACUGGUAACCUCAGAGCCAGGAUUAUCUAUUGGAGCAGCAGUUGCUGCUUCUGUGACAAUCCCAUCAGAAGCAGUGCGUACUGUUACAUUCUCAUUGGCAUGGGAUUGCCCUGAAGUAAGAUUUACAAGUGGGAAGACUUAUUACAGGCGUUACACUAAAUUUUAUGGCAUUCAUGGGAAUGCUGCUGCUGAUAUUGCACAUGAUGCUAUCCUGGAGCAUGGAAAAUGGGAGUCCGAAAUUGAAGCAUGGCAAAGACCUAUUCUUCAGGACAAGAGGCUUCCUGAAUGGUACCCAAUAACUCUCUUCAAUGAACUCUACUAUCUUAAUUCAGGAGGGACAGUUUGGACAGAUGGAUCACCUCCACUACAUAGUCUAGCUAGCAUUGUGGGAAGUAAGUUUUCUCUCGAUCGAUCCUCCUUGGGUUUGAAGAGCAUUGUUGAUGUAUCCCAUCAAAAUGAUACUGCAACUGACAUUCUUGGAAGGAUGAUUACAAAACUUGAGCAAAUACACACUCCAGUUGCAUCCAACUCAGCAUUUGGGACAAAUUUGCUCCAAAAGGGAGAUGAAAACAUUGGUCAAUUCCUUUACCUUGAAGGAAUUGAAUAUCACAUGUGGAAUACCUAUGAUGUCCAUUUUUACUCAUCUUUUGCGCUAGUCAGUUUAUUUCCAAAACUUGAACUCAGUAUUCAAAGAGAUUUUGCAGCAGCCGUAAUGAUGCAUGAUCCCAGCAAGAUAAAACUUCUUCAUGAUGGAAAAUGGGUUCCAAGAAAGGUUCUUGGAGCUGUCCCUCAUGAUAUUGGAAUAAACGACCCGUGGUUUGAAGUAAAUGCUUAUAACCUGUAUGAUACUGAUAGGUGGAAAGACUUGAAUCCUAAAUUCGUUCUUCAAAUUUACAGAGAUGUGGUUGCCACUGGUGAUAAAAAAUUUGCACAAGCUGUCUGGCCCUCUGUUUAUGUUGCAAUGGCUUAUAUGGACCAAUUUGAUAAGGAUGGGGAUGGGAUGAUCGAAAAUGAAGGCUUCCCUGAUCAGACUUAUGAUACAUGGUCUGUCUCUGGAGUGAGUGCAUAUAGUGGUGGGCUAUGGGUGGCAGCUUUGCAGGCUGCAUCAGCCAUGGCUCGUGUAGUAGGUGACAAGGGUUCUGAGAACUAUUUCUGGCACAAGUUUCAGAAAGCAAAAGUAGUGUAUCAGAAAUUAUGGAAUGGAUCUUACUUCAACUAUGACAACAGUGACCAAAGUACAAGUUCAUCUAUACAAGCUGAUCAAUUGGCUGGACAAUGGUACUCCAGAGCAUGUGGUCUUUUGCCAAUUGUUGAUGAAAACAAGGCACGAAGUGCAUUGGAAAAGAUUUAUAAUUUCAAUGUCUUAAAGUUGAAGGAUGGGAGACGUGGAGCUGUUAAUGGGAUGCUACCUGAUGGAAAUGUUGAUAUGUCAUCAAUGCAGUCGAGAGAAAUAUGGUCCGGAGUCACUUAUGCAGUUGCUGCGACAAUGAUCCAUGAAGACCUUGGUGACAUGGCAUUUCAGACUGCUGGUGGAAUCUAUGAAGCUGCAUGGUCUGAAGGAGGACUUGGUUACUCUUUCCAAACUCCAGAAGCUUGGAACACCUAUGAUGAGUACAGAUCUUUGGGUUAUAUGCGUCCUUUAGCGAUAUGGGCAAUGCAGUGGGCAUUAACAAGACCAAAGCUUCCCAGGCAGGUUACAGAGAAGGAGGUCGAUGAAAUUUCCUCGCUUCAGCACCAUGCUGGAUUCUCAAGAGUUGCUAGCCUCCUCAAGUUGCCAGAAGAGGAAGCAUCUAGGGGUGUUAUACAGGUUUUCUAUGACUAUACUUGCAAGAUGAUGUGGAUGUGAUUUAAAUUUCAUGUAUUCACAAUCAUAUUUGAUGUUGCAUAUAGUAAUGUUGGUGUGUCAUUCAAACUAAGAUUUACAUUGAUGUUUUGCAUUAUAUGGUAAUCAAUGUCGUAUACAGCAGCAAUAUUUUUUAUAGCAUAACUAUGUUAUCUAUUUAAAUGUUAGAAAAACAAUAAAAAUUAGAUAGCCUUAAUUUGACACUUUUA